UGCUUACCUAACAGCACUGCGCCAAGCCCGCCAAGCCACACCCACCUAGGCGGUGAAGCUUAUACUGCCGGCAAAUAGCCUAGCCUUCGUGGGCCGAGGGCCAUGAAUUUCCCCAGCCCAACGCGCGCAUCGCAUCCACGGUUCGUCAUUUGCCAGCCAUCAGCGAUGGUGUUCUCAGCACCCUACUCCUAGUUAAGCCGCGUCUCCCUCUCACCCGUUUGCUCUAUCCUUGGCCUUAGUAGAACAACACAAAAAGAAAAAAAAGUAGAAGCAAAAAAGCACCGGCUCCUGCGUCGUGCAUACGACGACUGUCGCUGCUAUGUUUUUGACCACCACCAUCUCGGACCUCAUUCAGAUCAAGCCCGAGGAGUUUGAGAAAUCGAGCAUCCAGGCCAUCAAGGACGCGAUCCAUGUCAAGUACGCGAACAAGGUCAUCCAAGAAGUCGGCCUCUGCAUCUGCCUGCGUGAUAUCCUCAAGUCCUCGGAAGGGCUUAUAGGCCAUGGCACUGGCAUCGUGAAUGUGAACGUCGAGUUCCGCCUCGUCGUCUUCCGCCCCUUCAAAGGCGAAAUCAUCGAAGGCAAGAUCAGCGGCUCGAAUCCACAGGGCAUCAAUGUCCAACUCGACUUCUUCGACGACAUCUUCGUCCCCGGACCCGUCAACCUGUUUGAGGGCGUGAAAUUCAACAACGCCGAAUCCGUCUGGGUAUGGACCACCGAAACAGGCGACGAGCUCUUCUUCGACAUGGAAGAGCGGGUGCGCCUGCGCGUCGAGGCCGAGGUAUGGACCGAUCUGUCACCGCAGGCACCGCUUAUCGCUGGUGCGAACGGUUCUGGUGGGGAGAAUGGGGAAGGUGGCGAGGGAAGCGAGGAGAGGAGGUCGCCGUAUUGUGUCGUUGCAUCGAUGCAGCAGGCGGGGCUGGGGCCGACGCUGUGGUGGGAGGAGUGAUGCGUAGUGAGUAGUGAGGAGGUGUUGCGAGUUGAGAGUGAGGGCGAGGGAGGAAGCUGCUGGUGUGGUGGUGUUUGGAAGCGGUUGCGGCAGCGAUGACUGAGGAAGAACGAAGAGGAACGAGAACGGUCAGAUGGACAGACGGACAGGACUGUCUCCUCCUUCCUUUUCACGUCCAGAGCACGCACAACCCAGUGGAGGGCGCACAAGCACACAACACCCCAAAAUCACACAACCACAACCAACCCCCACCCAAACAACACCCAAACAAAACACAGUCUCAAAAAAAUAAAAACCCCAAUUCAAUCAAUCCAAUCCAAUUCAAUC